AUCCAACGGUGCUUAUUUCAGUUAUUAGAAACUUCAAAAACUGGAACCCUUUAAAUAGGAGUGACUUGCCUUCUGUUCUGGUCUUGUCUCCUUCUUUGCUUCAUUUUCGCUGUCCUGUUCUUCAAGUUUCGCAGGUUUUAAGGAAAUCGAAGCCAUGGUAAAGGUCUACCCUACCGUGAGUCAGGAAUACCUCAAGGCUGUUGAGAAAUGCAAGAGGAAGCUCAGAGGACUCAUCGCUGAGAAGAACUGCGCUCCGAUUGUUGUCCGAUUGGCAUGGCAUUCGGCUGGGACUUACGAUGUGAACACUAAGACUGGAGGUCCCUUUGGAACUAUGAGGCACCCUGAAGAGCAAGGUCAUGGAUCAAACAGGGGUCUCGACAUUGCUGUCAGGCUUCUUCAACCUAUCAAGGAUCAGUUCCCAAUCUUAUCUUACGCAGAUUUCGUUCAGUUGGCUGGAGUUGUUGGCGUGGAAGUGACCGGAGGACCUGAAAUUCCUUUCCAUCCCGGUAGAGAGGACAAGCCUGAGCCACCCCCAGAAGGCCGUCUGCCUGAUGCCACCAAGGGUUCGGACCAUUUGAGGGAUGUCUUCGGACACAUGGGUCUUAGCGACAAGGAAAUUGUUGUUCUUUCCGGGGCCCACACCCUGGGAAGAUGCCACAAUGAGCGCUCUGGGUUCGAAGGACUCUGGACCUCAAACCCGCUCAUCUUUGACAACUCCUACUUCACGGAACUGAUUACUGGAGAGAAGGAAGGCCUUCUACAGCUGCCAACUGAUAAGGUCCUUGUAGAAGACCCAUCCUUCCGCCCUUGGGUUGAGAAAUAUGCUGCGGAUGAGGAUGCAUUCUUUGAGGACUACGUUGAAGCCCAUCUGGCUCUUUCUGAGCUUGGGUUUGCUGAUGCUGAGUGAGAUGCUAAAAGCAAUAUUGGGCCAGUCACCAGUGGACUUGUGCGUCUUUUUCUUCUUUUUAUUUUUUGAUAUUGGAUACACUAGUUUAGGUGGUUGGGCAAAUAUUGUUGGGGGAUUUUGGUUAAUACCGAUUUGGUAUUAUCCAUUUUUCUGGGCCUGCAAAUGAAGAUGUACUGUGUUUUUUGCAUUAUGGUCGCCACUAUGAGGUUAAAUAAGAAAGAAGUGGCAGAAAUAUAUAUAAUCAUUGAAAGUUUGGUUUGGUGACA